UUUAAAACAAACACACCAUUACAAAACUAUCUCGUCAUUCUAAACGAACGCGUUUAUCACAUCUGAGUUGACAACACGGGUUUCAUUUACGGCACCGAUUGACAUUUACAUCGCUCAACAAAAGCUGCACCUGGAAUAAGCUGCUCAACUAACAAGGACUGGUGAACACAAGUAUUUACCAACUAGUGGAAUAACCUGGCGUUUGCGAGCUAACCGCUCUGCCAUCACACUCAAAUCACAAAAAAAAAAAAAAAAUUUUUUUAUAAAUAUGACACCAGUCUUCUAAUUUCAUUAAUCCGUGCUAUUAACUAAUUUAGUUAAGCGGAACAACAAAUCCCAAUCAUAGUUAAAAGCGAUGGACAGUCAGGUUUUGCAGGAUUUUGUCCAAAGUCGUUCCCGUACGCCACGUUCACAUAAGCCAUUGCCCCAAGGUCGAUUAUUGGAUAUUGUCGAUAAUAAGUGGCGUGAGGAGAUUUUGCCCUUUGAUCAGAUACUUGUUCCUGCUGAUAAGCUGCCUGAUCCAGAAGCGGAUGGCGGCGACUCUCACUUAACUCUUAGUGAACAGGAGCAAAAAUGGAGUGAUUUGGCUCUAAGUUCAUUGGCGCCGGAAUCAUCCUUGAGUGAACAGUUAAACGUUUCCACUGUCUAAGACAUAUUUAAAUACGAAUUAA